UCUCCGCCAUCACCUUCAUAAGCGCAAUUCAACCAUUACGACAAGUACUCGCAGCUCUGUCUCAGUUAGUCUCAAAAUGACCACAGCAGUCUCAGCAGGCUCUUACAAAGCCGAAGCCCUCCACUCUGGUCUAAAGGUGCUGGAGCUUGGAACGUUGAACAAAGUGCCCGAGUCGCAGGUGUGGAAUGAUGAAGAAGGCAAUAAUUAUAAGGGGCAGGCUUUGGAGGACAUUGGCGCGGAGUUGCUGCCGCUCAUUGAUCUGGCCAAGGCCGACGCCCCUAAACUGGUGGAGCAGAGUUGCAAGAGGGGCGUUUUCCGAAUCACCAACCACGGCAUUCCCCUUGCCGUCCUCCGCAACAUGGAGUCCGCCAGCGUAGACCUCUUCUCGUUGCCGACGGAACAGAAAAUGAAGGGGGCGCGUGCGCCUGAUUCCUUCACCGGCUACGGCAUCUUCCCGAUUUCCUCCCACCUCCAAAAGCACCUUUGGUCCGAAAGCUUCACCGUCUUCGGAUCCCCACUCCGACAUGCCCGCCAAAUUUGGCCUCAGAGUCAAGAGCACUCCAAAUUUUGUGAUGUGGUUGAAGAAUACAAACAAAAGAUGAGAGAACUAGCACUGAGGCUUUGGUCUCUAAUACUUGAGACACUGUGCAUUAACAAUGAUGAUAUUGAGUGGGCUGGUCCAAACCGAGACUUCGAGGGUUUCGAUGGGGUCUUGAACCUAAAUUUCUACCCACUUUGUCCGGAGCCAGAGCGGGCUAUGGGUCUCGCACCCCACACCGAUUCAAGCCUCAUCACACUUGUGCAUCAGAAUGAUGCCAAUGGGUUACAACUCUUCGUCAAAGGAACUGGGUGGGUCCCGGUCCCGGCCAUGCCCGAUGCCCUCAUUGUUUUCGUGGGCGACCUCCUCCAGAUAAUGUCCAACGGGUUGUAUCGGAGUCGUAUUCACCAGGCAGUGGUGAAUCACAGCCAGCAUCGCUACUCUUUUGCGUACAUUGCAGGGCCCCCACGCACUGCUCAAAUUGGGCCCCAUCCUAAAAUCGUGGGCCCAUAUAACCCACCUUUAUAUCCGACCAUGACUUGGAGUGAAUACCUCGGUAUCAAGGCAAAGCUUAUAAAUGAUACCCUUUCAUCAAUUGAACUUGUCAAAUCUGAAAAUGAUUCUGCAGAAAUGGAAAUUAAGGAGCCAUAAGAAUGGUAGAAAAAAAAAAAAAACAAUAAUAAGGUGUUUGAAAAUGGAGUGAAAUGGAAUUAGUGUUUUGAAGUUUCCAUUAAUAAUGUUGCAUUUUCAAUAAGGGUGGAUUUUUGUGGAAUAUUAAGUGUAAUGAUUUGCUUAA